AUGGCAGCCAACUCUCAACAAUUUGGCACUAGACUCGACACUCUUUUUAGGCAUGUUAAUGAGGUAGAUUUUUUAUCUCUUGAACAACAACUUACGAGACUAACUUCUCUUGUUCAUCAAAUGGCUACAGGUAAUAUACAAACGAUGAAGGCAUAUGGUAUUUGUUCAGUGGUAGGACAUUCAAUUGACAUGUGCCCAACUCUUCAAAAAGAUGAACAAGUUAAUGCAGUAGGCAGCUUUCCUGGACAACCACAAAGGAAUUAUAACCCUUACUCUAACACCUAUAAAUCAAGAUGGAGGGAUCAUCCUAAUCUUAGCUAUGGGGAAAAACAAGUGAAUCAACCCAACUUUCAGCAAUAUAGGCAGCCAUAUCUUCCUAGACAACAACAAGACCAAACUUCAAUUUUCGUUAUGUCUCUAGAGGAUAUUGUUAAGUCUUUGGCCACUAACACUUUACAAUUUCAACAGGAAACAAAACAAUUCCAACAAGAGGCAAGGGUAAAUAUUAAAAGUUUGGAGAAUCAAAUGGGUCAAAUGGCAAUCGCAAUCAACAAGCUAGAAGCACAAGGUUCAGGAAAAUUACCCUCUCAAACAAUGGUCAAUCCAAGAGAAAAUGCAUGUGCAAUCACCCUGAAAAAUGGUAAAAAGGUUGAGAUUCGAGUAAAAAUAGUCCCUACAUCAUCGGAGCAACAAAAGGAGAAAGAUGGCAUUGCAAACACGGAUGUUCCCAAUGACAAUAACAUGCCUAAGUGUAAGUUUUCGCCUCUUUCUAAUUAUAAACUGAUACCCCCUUUGCCUCAUGAUUUAGAAGGAUAUAGGAAAGAUGUUAUUAAACAAAUACCUCGUUAUGCUAAAUUUUUGAAACAUUUGUUCAAGAGUAAGAGGAAGCAAAAACUCAAGGGAUGUGAAAAGGUAAACAUUAGGAAGAAUGUCUCCGCAAUUAUUCAAAGAAAAAUCCCCAAGAAGUGCCUGUACCCAGAAACUGAUGAAAAUAAUGCAGUGAAAGUUGCCAUUGAUAAGCAUAUGAAGGAGGUGGAUCAAGAGUUACCUUCGAAUAUUGCCUUACAGGAAACCAUUGUAGCAUUGAAUGCUUCUCUAAAGUCAGGUUUCCAAAUGGAGGAGGUGAGAACAUGGGGCCUUGGAAAUCCAAUUGAUGCUGGUUGA